AUGUUUAAGAAUGAGUAUCAGGGCGGGCCAUCAUUUGAGAUAUUCUCCAGUCAAGGGAGCAAUACAAGUCUGCUACAAUGGAAAUUGCAUAAUAAAAGCUCAAUUAAGAAGCAAUUCGAAAAAGAUCUUAAAGGAUAUUGCUAUAGCUGUGAAGGUUUGGGAAAAUUGACUUUCCCCAAAGAUGACAGGCAAAAAGGUGAAUUGAAAUGUGCACAGAUUGAUGAAAUAUAUAGAUAUGCUGCAUCUAAUAUAGAUGUUUCCGAUUUAAAUAGCAACAAUCGCCGCUUUUUUCUAUCCAGUGCACACAAGGAAAUCAAAGCAACUGCUUUGCAUUGUAGUAUUCCUUUGGUAGUAGCAAAGCGCGGAACUUGGCUCAAUUUUUGUCUUGAUCUGGUCAGUCUGGUGAGUGAUAAUUAUCACGGUCAAACAUUCAGAUCGUUAGACAGCAUUACUCUCCUGGGUAACUUUCGUUUAAGACGGAUAUUUACGCUAGAGAAGCAACCGCCAGAUACAACAAAUGAAAAUUACAAUGAUCCAAUGCCAUUGCUGCUUCACAACGUCGAGCCUUUACCAAAAUCUCUAGAAUUUCCAUUUGGAGUGUCAUAUUCGACUCAAGUAUUAAAUAUGCAUCGUAUUGCCUAUAUGGCAAUCGAGCGUCAGAUUUCUGCUAAUGAAAUUCGUCAAGCCCAUAGUGUCGCCAUUCCAUUGUAUACACCGCUUCAAAAUAUUGCGUUUGAUAAACAUAUAGAUAAUCCCAUACCAUCUGUUAGAAAGUCAAAAUCUAGAGCAUCAAUACUGUCAAUCAAAACACCCGACUCUCAUAGCUCACGACAUGAAAAGCAUAACGAUUUGACACAUGUAUCAGAACAAAAAACAGCCAAAUCUACUCGGUUAUCUUCAUCAACUUCUGAUCGCUCAUCAACACGAUAUUCUGAUGUCAGUACAAAGAUGCGCUUGCAUCAAGAUUCGAGUAUAAAACCCCUUGACCUCAAAGAAUCAAUCAUUCGAUCAAGCACUCCGCUCAAGCUACCCCCUAUAUUACCAGCACAUUCCGAACAUGCCAUUCAUUCAAAAAACAAUGAUUCUACGGUUGGAAAUUCCAGGCACGCAUACUUGUCAGAUUUUCCUACUAGCGCAGACACGUUGGCCAUAUUUUCGUCAGAUAAUCAGUCAAACAGCAUACCAAAUCGAAAAAUAAGUGUAUACAACCCAGAAUUGUAUACAGAUGACAAUGAGGAGCUACAAGGCUGGUCACAUCGAGGCAGCUUUGAUGAAAACCCUACUUUUGACGAUUCCACAAUGUAUCAAUCUGAUUCUUUACAAGUAUUUGAUGCACGUAAUACGCCAUCCCCAACUUCCAGACUACAAAAAGAAAUUGAUGAUUACCUUUGUCAAAAUGAUACAACCCACUCUCUUUCCACAGCAUUUCAUGAUGGAACUCUUUCUAGCAAACCAAUCAAAAGUCCUAGUCAAAUCAUUAAAUCAAUUGAUAACCCUGACAAUGCUCUUCAGCUGGAAUCCGUUUACUCGCACAGUGAGAUUCAUGGUACUACUUCAGUUCCAUUACAGCACAGUAUGAAACGCCAAAAUGCAUUUAUAUCGCUGGAAGUGCUACCAGAAAUAAAAAGUAUCAAAAAUACUAGCUUUGCUUCAGUCAUGCAGUCAGAUCUACCCAUGCCCUUUUGUCAUUCUCGAAAAAGUACAUCACAAUCAUCAAUUUCAUCUCCUGUUCUAUCUCACAAAAGCUCUUUAUCUCCUCAAAUCAAUGCAGCCUCGCAUUCAUUAUCGCCACGUCUUUCACAAUUGCGAUCACACAUUCCAGUUCCAACUACAAAAAAAAGCAGUCAAUGUAUUGAUAUGAACAAUGGCUUUGUUGAAGACACAAUGAAGCAUAAUGUAUUGGAAUUGUCGCCAGUACCAUCACCCUGUUUUGGAAAGGCUACAAUGAAUCUCGAGUCGACCAAUUUGAAAAGCACAUCUAGUAUUGAAAGUUUAGUGCACAAAAAAUCGCCAACUUUUUUGGAGACUAAUAUGCCUGCGUAUGAUACAGUUUCAUCUAGAAAGCUUGAAUCACCCACUUGCUUUAAACGCACCUUGUCAUCCAUAUCAGAUUCAAAAGAUCGUUCUUUUAAUGCGCUCAACACCGAUAUCAAAUUGCUAUAUAACAAGGAUACCAAUUUUGACAGUAACGCCAUUACUGUCAACUCUUCUUUUGCCUUGAAUCCUGUACAUCAGUUAAAAGAGAUAUGCAAGCUGGAUUCAUUGAUUGAAGAUCCGCUAUUAAAUGUUGCCCCAGCAGCGGAGCUUGAUAAUGCCAUGGAAUCUAGAAGUCGCACGUCUAGUAUAGAAAACGAACAGAAUUCUUUAUCAUCUAGCCAACAUGACAACUCAAGCGAAAACUUUAUGCAAAAUGAGAAACCGACCAUGCAUUUAAAAAUUGACAGUAGUACCAAUCAUACUACAGCCUCAAAAAUUGAUAUGCAUACAUCAAUCAAAGUGCAUGAUCAGUCUAUAAAUGGUACGAUGCUGCAAGGGAUAUCAUCUGAUGCUUUUGGAAUUCAACAAACGAGUCUUGUCGAUUCUUUGAUUGGAUUUUCUGAAAAUUGCUUGCCUACCAAAAAGAGUAUAAUUGCAGAUCCAAACGAUGAUGCAGUAAAAGCAUUGGACGCGCUCGUCAUUUUUGAUGAAAACGGAGCUGAACAACAACUUGUUUUUGAAUCUGAUGCAUCUUUGGAUGAUAAUGUCUGUACAUAUUCCUCAAUACCCGAGGGAAAAAAGGAUAUAGCUGAUUUGGAAGAAGUGGCUGGUGAUAGUGCAGAUGAGACGCUGGAACUUGAAUUUGACGAAAAACUGAACUGCUAUCGCGAUCCACUUACCGGGAAGCUAUAUGAUAUUGAUGUUUAG